CGAAUGAUUUUGCAACAUUUUAUUUGCUUGAGUAUCCUACGUAGAAAACUCUCCAGUAUUGUUAAAAGAAUAUCAAGAAAAAUUUCUUUUGAAAAAUUCGAAAUGGCACCAAUGUUGACUUAUCCAGUCGCUCGUCGUGAAGAAAUCAAGGAAACAUUUUUCGGAAAAGAGGUCAAUGAAUAUUAUCGCUUUCUCGAAGAUCCUGAUGCUGAAGAAACUAAAAAGUUUGUUGAUGAAAACAAUGCUGUUACGAAGCCAUUCCUCGAGGAAGGUGAUACUUGGAAGAUAAUAAAUCAACGGCUUACAAAUUUGUGGGAAUAUGAGAAGUUUGGAUGUCCAGGAAAGCAUGGUUCAAGAUAUUUUUAUUCUCAUAAUACUGGAUUACAGAAUCAAAAUGUCAUCUAUUAUCAAGAAUCAUUAAAUUCUGAACGAAAAGUUUUCAUUGAUCCGAAUAAGUUAUCAAGUGACGGGACCAUUGCACUUCAAAGUUUACACUUCACAAAAGACGGUUCAUUGCUUGCAUACGGAAUUAGUGAAUCAGGAUCUGAUUGGGUGAAGAUAAAAUUCCGCGACGUGGAGAAGAAUCAAGAUUUUCCAGAGACACUUGAAAACAGUAAGUUCUUUCGUCCAACAUGGACACAUAAUAACAAAGGAGUUUUCUACGGUCGUUUCAUGAUCAAAGAUGGAAAAGCUGAUGGAUCUGAAACCUGUGCUAGUGAGAACCAAAAAGUCUAUUAUCAUCGUAUUGGCGAAAGUCAAGAAAAUGAUAUUCUUGUUGCUGAGUUCCCCGACGAACCCAAUUGGAGAUUCUCAGCAGAAGUUUCUGAUUGUGGAAAUUAUCUUGUCUUUUUCGUUAUGUUUGGUUGUAAUGAUCAGUUGUUAUAUUUUGCUGAUUUAAGAAAAACACCAGAAAUUAAUGGAAAACUCGAAUUUACUAAAGUCGUCACAAAAUUUGAGUCUGACUAUGACUACAUCACAAACGAAGAGUCUGUCUUUUAUUUUAGAACGAACAAAGGAGCUCCAAAUUAUCGAGUUAUUGCUAUUGACUUCAAUGCACCAGAUGAAGCAAAUUGGAAAACUUUCAUUGAGGAACAUCCGAAAAACGUUCUGGACUGGGUUUAUUGUGUCAACAAAAACAAACUUGCGCUGCAUUACAUGGAAGAUGUUAAGUCAGUUCUUCAAAUCCACUCAUUAGAAAGUGGAAGGUUUGAAUUUAAAUUUCCACUUGAACAUGGAACUAUUCAAGGAUUCAGUGGUGAUAAGGACAGCAGUGAAAUAUUCUAUCAUUUUGUGUCUUUUCUUAUUCCCGGUGUUAUUUAUCAUUAUGAUUUCUCAGUAUCACCAACUGAGCCAGUAAUUUUUAAAGAAGUGAAAAUUGCAACAAAUUUCAAUCGAGAUAAUUACACGAUAGAACAAAAAUUCUAUCCAAGCAGUGCUGAUGGUGAAAAGAUUCCAAUGUUUAUUAUCAGAAAAAAAGGAAAAGAAAUUAAACCACAACCGUGUUUGUUGUAUGGCUAUGGCGGCUUUAACAUUUCAAUUCAACCGAGUUUCAGUGUGACAUUGUUAGCAUUUGUUGAUCUAUUUGAUGGUGUUCUGGCUUAUCCUAAUAUACGUGGAGGUGGAGAAUAUGGAGAGAAAUGGCAUAACGAUGGCCGUUUGCAUAAGAAACAAAAUGUCUUUGAUGACUUCCAAUCAGCUGCCGAAUAUCUUGUCAAGAAUAAUUACACUCAAAAAAGUCAAUUGGCGAUUCAAGGUGGAUCAAAUGGAGGAUUACUUGUUGGUGCUUGUAUCAAUCAGCGUCCUGAUUUGUUUGGAGCAGCAAUUGCACAAGUGGGAGUUUUUGAUAUGCUUCGAUUCCAUAAAUUUACAAUAGGAUCGGCUUGGAUUAGUGACUUUGGAUCACCCGAUGAAGAAGUACAUUUUCAUAAUUUACUGAAAUAUUCGCCUCUUCACAACGUUCACACACCAAAAAAUGAAAAAGAAGAAUAUCCAGCAACAUUAGUAUUGACAGCUGAUCAUGAUGAUCGUGUUUCGCCAUUGCAUUCAUUGAAAUUUGUUGCAUCACUUCACGAAUCAAUUCGUCAGUCAACAUAUCAGAAGAAUCCAGUCAUGUUGCGUGUUUACACAAAAUCUGGUCAUGGCUUUGGAAAGCCUGUUAGUAAGAGAAUUGAGGAAGCAACCGAUAUUCUUACGUUCCUUUAUAGAACUUUGGAUGUUAAAACCGAAUUGUCUUAAAAAAAUUAUAAUUUUCUUCUUCUUCAUUUGUUUGAAAUUAUUAAAAUUUAAUUAUUCGCAUGAAAAUAAGUAUACUCAAGAAAUAAAUAUAUGAAUAAAAGUGUUUAAUAUGAUUCAUUUAUUUACCUAAUA